UAAAUUUAGAAAAUGAUAUUCGUAUAAGAAAGUAAUAGGUUUUCUAAAAGAGUAGACAAUGUUAUAAUCUGGCCACUGAGGUCGCCCAACGUCAAGGCUUGCGCUGCGCUGCGCACGUUCAUAGAAUGUUUGAGAAGGUAAUAUCGAGUAUCAAUUUAGUAUUUAUCGCCAGAGUUAUAUCCUCUUCAGAGUGAUGUUACAUGGACGUUCGUGCAUAGUCUACUAGUAGUAGUUUAGUAGUAACGAAAAUUUUCGGUUAAAAUAACAGAGAAAGAGAGAGAGAGAGAGAGAGAGAGAGAGAGAUAAAGUAGGGAGUGGUAGGGAUAGUGGAAGGAAGGAGUGGUGGAAGGACACAACGCCAGCUGGAGCGAGCGAGAAAGAGAGAGAGAGAGAGGUGUGUUGGAGUUGUCGGAGUGGGGGAAAGAAAGGGAAGAGGGAGGAUAGAGUCGGCGGGAGGGGGGAGAAACAUGCCGAGCGGUGCUGCUCCCUAUUGGCGACGUCGAGUCGCGACUCCCCACCCGGGACAGUCGAACGAGGUCCGAAGGCGAGCUCUUGGUUUGUAACCACGGUGAUUUUCCCUGACUAGGGUACGCGCAAGACUUCGUUCCGCUACCCUGAUCAGCUUAGCGCGUUCCUCCUCUCUCAUCAGUGUCUGUGUACUCUCCUCGUGUCAGUUUAGUCGUUCUCGUCGUCUCUUCGUAGUCGUUAGUUGACUCUCGUCGCGUCGUCGUCUGGCUUUGACUUGUCUUUGCUGCUCAUUUUAAAGUCUAGUUAAAUAAUAACGACUAUCAUCAGAAGAGAGACAAAGAUAUAUUAUUCUAUUUGAACACGUAUUUGAUAUCGAGUUAAUUUCGCUAUUGUGCGCUUAUUUGCUUUGUGAACAGGCGCAUUCAAGAGAACCUAUCGAAAAGCAGAUACACAAGUAGAAAGCAAAAAAAAGAGACAACGGGGUAUUGUGUUAGUAGAGAAGGAAAGUAGAGAUUGAGAAGAAUUUUUAUUGAGUAAAAAGGAAAGAAGAAGGUUUGUUAUACGAGAGAAAAUAAAAGAGGAUAUAUCACAAAGGCUACGGAAAACGAAAUUAAACGAAACAGAACGAAGUUAAGUUCGGCUGACGUGCUUUAUUCGUCGUCGUCAUCGUCGUCUUAGCAGUCGUAGCAGAGUUGUCGUGGUGGUGUCGUCGUCAACGUCCUCUCUUUUUCUUGUCGAUAGAGUGUGUGUGCGCGCGCGCGUGUCUCUUUGCGAACGCGUCCCACGCGUGUGUCGCGUAUCACCGCCGCCGGUGAAACCGAGAGAAUUUGAACGAGGCAGAGGGUAAAAUAGGAUUUCUCGCGUGGUCCUCUCCCGCGGUGGGAGGAGGGUUGGUUGGUGUGUACGGAGGUGCGAGCGCGAAAGAGAGAAAGAGGAAGAUAGAAGGAGAGAGAAAGGAAGUGACAGAGAAAGAUAUAGUAUCGAGGAACGUGAGAGCGAGAAGGACGGUAAACACAACGCUGGAGUUGGAAGCGAAUAAGCAGCAGAGUGAGAGAGACGUAUUACGGUGUGUGACAAACACCGACGUUACGUGCGAAGAAGGGGAGAGAUAGUAGGAGACAAAGAUAAGGUCGGUGGAAGAGAGGAAGAGGGCAAGAGGGAGGGUGAGAGAGAGAGAGAGAGAGAGAGUUGGUGGCGUGAAGGAAGUGAAGCGACGGAGACGGGUGCGCUACUCGGAGGCGCUGUUGCUGCGCCCUAACGGCCGUUCUACGAAGCUUAGUUAUCACAAUGGCUUCCGCGAAAGAUUCAUCAACUUUCUUUACGAGGGGCACAGCUAAUCAAUUCGAGCACGUAUUGAAAUUAUAUCCGCAGGCGCUCAGGCUUAAGGCCGAACGAAAGUUGAAAAAACCAGAAGAAUUGAUCAAGUUGGAUAAUUGGUAUCAAAAUGAACUACCGAAGAAGAUUAAAUCACGUGGAAAAGAUGCUCAUCUCAAUCACGAGGAAUUGGUACAAGCAAUGAAAUGGAAACAAACACGCGGAAAGUAUUACCCACAACUAUCAUACCUGAUCAAAGUGAACACACCACGUGCCGUAAUGGCGGAGACAAGGAAGGCAUUCAAAAAACUUCCGAAUUUGGAACAGGCCAUCACCGCAUUGUCAAAUUUAAAAGGUGUUGGUACUACGAUGGCAUCAGCGUUACUUGCUGCCGCAUCACCAGAAUGUGCGCCAUUCAUGGCGGACGAGUGUCUUAUGGCGAUACCUGGGAUCGAGGGAAUAGAUUACACUACCAAGGAAUAUCUUAAAUUUGUUCAGCUCAUUCAGACCACUGUCGACAGGUUGAACAAACAGACGUCAAAUGGUAAAUCAUGGAGCCCGCACAGGGUGGAGAUGGCACUGUGGACCCAUUACAUCGCGUCCGAAUUAAAACCAGAAUUGUUGGAGGGUAUACCGGGUUCGACGGAAAACGGUAAUUCGCAUCCGUCUAGCAACGGUGAAGCAACUGAACCAUCGGACGACAGCAAUCAAGAGGGUGCCGUUGUAGUAGUUGCGAACGGUAAAGAGCCUGGCAGCAUCGACCCAGCGGCCAUCGAUGAGAACAGCACGACCACGUCCUUCACCGAGGAUUCAAUGGAUAAGCCUGCCACUCCUAUAACCGUAGCCGUGCCGAGCGAGGACACGAACGAUUCUCUUGCGACGAAUGAGAAUGAUGAUAGCAAUAAUACACCACGGUUAACGGAUAGCGAGGACACUGAAGACUCGCAAGACGUUCAGGAACCGCCCACUAAGAAGAGUAAGAAGUGACCCACCAGCAUAGACCAACGCGUUUCGACGAUGAUGACAACGACGAGCAGCAGCAGCAGCAGCAGCAGCAGCAGUAGCAGCAGCAGCAGUAGCAGCAGCAGCAGCAGCGGCAGCAGCAGCAGCAGCGAUGGCAACAAAGGAAAUGCCAGCCGCAGCAGCAGCAGUUGCAGUAGCAGCAGCGGCAGCAACAGCAGUAACAAUAACAGUAACAACAACAGCAGCAACAAUAAAAGUAACAACACCGGCAGCGGCAGCAGCAGCAGCAGCGGCGGCGGCGUCAGUGCUCUCGGUUCUAAUUUAACGCUGAUCGCGGCGAGGCGUUUUUAAAGAAAAAUAAGAAAAUGAAAAAAUAACCAAAAAAAAUGGAGAAAAGAAAAAGAAAAUUAUUGAAAAAAAAAAUGAUGAAGAAAGAAUAAAAACCGCCAGGGCCACAUAGAGAUCAGGGUCAUAAA